AUGCAUCUUUCUCAGGUAGUCUUGCCGGUCCUUUAUUUUUGCGCUGCUGUUGUGGAUUCCUCCUCAUGGAACGGGUCGUAUCCACGAAAAACCUGUACCAUUGCUUCAAAAUAUCGCUCUUCGAAUGGGACAUUGAAUGAUUCACCUGCUGUGGCUUCCGCCUUUGCAGAAUGCUCGCAAGAUGCAAUCAUUGUAUUCAGUGAGGGGUUAGACUACAAUAUCUUGACUCCCAUCAGUGCGACCAAUCUCAGCAACGUGGAGAUCCAUUUGCAGGGCAAUCUUCAUCUCCCCCGAAAGAUAACCGCUGUCCAGGCAGCUGUUAAUGCCAGCAAUGCUCUCACGUAUUCUACCGCUCUCUACUGGUUUAAGUUUGCUGGGGCAUCCAUUGAUUUCAUCGGAACUAGCAAUCUCACAAACGGCUGGAUAUAUUCAUAUGGCCAGGCUUGGUGGGAUGCAAAUCCCGUCAAUGGAACUGGCAUCGCUGCUCGGCCUCAUCUAAUGAGCUUCAAUACUACCCAUGGCUCAAUCCAACACUUCAAGUCAAAAAAGCCAAUUGCCUGGGGUGUGCAACUUAUUGGAAAUGCUAUCACAGUCAGUGAUACUGUUGUUGAUGCCUUUUCGACAACUGGAAGCUUUCCCUUUAAUACGGAUGCUUUUGAUGUGACCGGCACGAACAUCAAGAUUCUCGACAGCCUUAUUUUCAAUGGAGACGACGCCAUUGCAGUUCAAUCUGGCGCACAUGAUAUUCUCUUCCAAGGUGGAACGAUCGGGUACCAAAGCCAUGGGAUGAGUAUCGGCUCUUUGGGACAAAAUCAAGGCUCCUUUGCGAACGUCUCCAAUAUCAAAUUCAACAAUGUAACAGUCAUCAACGCCGUAUACGCUGCCCGUUUCAAGUCUUGGAUUGGGGGGCAAGGCCUGGCAAAGAAUGUCACUUGGUCUAAUAUCCGGACUCAUAAUGUUACCUUCCCCAUAUUUGUCACGCAAACGUAUUAUAACCAAGGCUCGAAUCAAACACAACUCGAAAAUGGCGCAACGAUUGGGAGACCGAACAACUCUACAGUCCAGAUGAGUGACUUCACAUGGGAAAAUUUUACAGGGUCAAUUAACACCUUUCGACCUGGAGAUGGAUCUUGUGUAACAGAUCCCUGCUGGUAUGAUGCUGGUUUGCCGAACUUGACUCAUACGGAAGCUAUGAUUAUGGAGUGCAACACGAAUUCAUCUUGUCAGAAUUUUGCGACAAAAAAUAUUCAUGUGUUUUCGCAACUUGAGAAAGCCGCGACGGUUAUUUGUCUAAACGCUACGGCCGAGUUGAAUCCAGAUCUGGGGUUUGAUUGUAGGAAUGGAACGUAUAUUCCAUUUUUAAGCUAG